AUGACGGAGCUAGUGAGACACAAAGAGGUCAUGUCUAAAAUAAUGGAAGAGAUUAAAAGGGAAAUCAACUCCGAUACAAUCACUGACUCACAACUAUCUAAGUUACCUUAUCUACAAGCUAGUAUCAAAGAAGCCAUGAGAUUACACCCACCGGUGCCUCUUCUUCUUCCACAUAUGGCGGCUGAAACUUGUAAGGUUAUGAAUUACACAAUUCCUAAGAACUCCAAAAUAUUUGUCAAUCUUUGGGCAAUGGGCCGAGACCCUAAACUUUGGGAUGACCCUUUAUCUUUCAAACCCGGAAGAUUUAUUGGAUCAAAAGUGGAUUUUAAAGGCCAAGAMUUUGAGCUAUUACCAUUUGGUUCAGGGAGGAGGAUGUGUCCUGGAAUGCCAUCAGGUGUCAAGAGUGUUCAACUUAUAUUGGCGUCUUUGAUUCGUGAGUUUGAUAUGGUUCUUCCGGAUGACGUUGAUCCUUUACAGCUCAACAUGAACGACAAAUUUAGGAUCGCUUUGGGAAUGGAAAAACUUUUGAAGCUCCUCUUCAAACAAAAACAAGAAUCUCUAUGA